CAUCUCAACAAUAAAACUCUCUUAACUCCUUUUCUUUCAUUUCACAUCUCACACACCCUAUUUUCCAUUUCCAUUGCCAUUUUCACCACUCCAUCUUGGAGCUUACGCUGUUUCCCCACAUUUCUAGGACACCACCGCAGCAACUCCGCCACCAAAAACCACCCUCCAAUUUCCUAUUAUUGGCACCGCAACCCUCUCCCUUCUUCGCUGUUCCCAUCUUUUAUAACAUCACCACUUUCUUCGCUUCCAUCUUCGGCUCUUACCUAUGGAAGAACCCAAUAUUCACAACGAACGCUUCGCUGUGAUGUGAACGCAGGGUGUGGAUCUUUUCUUCCUCUCCAUCGUUUUCUCAUCUUUUAUUCUUGAAUAGAGGAUCCACACCCAACCCUAUUGCUCUUGCUCAUACACACACCUGGGGUGCUCUGUUUUCUCCAGAACAGGGGAUUGUGUUGUUUGCAGAGUCAAAGACUGAAGACCCAGAUCAAGAUUUGUCAAAACUUUCCCAUGUCGAACAAGAUAGUUCUGAUGCCGGCGGGGUCGUCGACACGCCGGCGGCAGCCGCUUCUAAAGAGCCAAUCUUCGUCUAAGCGGGUGGGGGAGGUGGUGGGAAGCACGACGGCGGAGUGCGUGGCGGUAUGCUGCUGCUGCCCCUGCGGCAUCGCCAACAUCCUCCUCCUCGCAAUCUACAAGGUCCCAGCCGGACUAUGCCGGAAUAUGCUGAAGAAGCGGCGACGGCGGCGCGUGAUAAAGGAAGGGACACCACUGGCGCCGCCGAGAAGGCGGCAGUGCUCGUGCGGCACCUGCGACGACAUGAGCGGGCCUCUUCGCAUCCACCCCAUGUGUGCCAACGACGCCUCCGACAUCAAACGCCUCCACGCGCCGGAGCCUGAUAACGACGAUGCGCUCGCUCUGGAGAAGGAGAUGUGGGAGCGAUUCUACAACACUGGAUUCUGGAGAAGCUCUUCAAGAAGAGAAUCAGAAUCUUCCCCUGAAAAACACGAACCUCAAUACCAAGUUGCAGCUUCAUCAUUUGCAACUAGUACGGAACAUAAGUCACCAUGAAUGUAAAUUUGGAAAUGCAAAUUUGUGGUUUUCCACUCUUGUUGUUUUUUUGAUAUUUAUUGAUGCCAUUUUUUAA